AUGGUGGGCUUCGUACACACUUUGUUGUUAAGGCUUUGGCGUCGAGUUAAGAAGAUCGUAGCCCGUACACGCUCGGUCUCCCCAAAUGACGAGGUUUACCUGCUGAAUCGCAGCCCCAAGGAAUCUGCCAGACUCAAUGCCCAACAUAACUUCCUUGUCGACUUGAUUGGGGGUAGAUCUAUCCAUCCUGCCAUCCCUAUAGAGAAUAUCACAACUAUAGCAGACGUUGCAACGGGGACCGGUAUAUGGCUCUCGUCCCUCAUUACGGCCCUCAAAACACAUCCUACCGAUCGUCUCUAUCUCCACGGCUUCGAUAUCUCCUCAGCCCAAUACCCAUUCUAUAAGGAUAUUGCACCCACACAUGAACUACACCUCUCCACUCAUGACAUGCGCAACCGGUUUCCCCCAGAGCAUAGAGGCCGAUAUGAUUUAGUACACCUCCGGCUCCUCGUCGGUGCCCUCAAAGAAGAAGAUUAUUCUCAAUCAAUGCGUAACGUAUAUGAGCUACUGAAACCAGGAGGCUACCUUCAAUGGGACGACUGCGACACGACCGCAUUCUCUACCGCGGAAUCAUCGCCUGAUCCGUUCAUUCUCCGCAUGCAGGAGACUGUCGCGUCAGCAGCGGUGAACCUGGGGCUGUGUCCGACGGCGCCAGUACUGAUCGAGAAGCUAGCCAAUAUGGUCGGCUUUGAGGAUAUAUCCCGGCAGUCGUAUAAUACCGUUGAUAAACCAUAUUUGCAUGAUUCCGCACGGGCAUGGCUGGUCCAGGUCUUGCGGUCAUUGCUGCCGAAGUCGAUGCUAGGGACUGGAGAGGUAACAGAAGAGAAGGAUGCCUUAGAACGGACCGAGCGGUUGGUCGGGGAGCUGGAGAGUCGCUGCCAGAAUGUUUUGCCGGUGGUGAAUCUGCAUGUUGUUAUUGGAAGGAAGCCUUUAGCGGGAUGA